UAAUUAUGUGAUAAGCGAAUGUGCUAGAUACUAACUUGGUAUUAUUAUUAUGAUCUUGGUUUGGUAUAUUGAUAAUGGAAUAAAUUGUAUCCUAGCGCUAGCGCGGCUGUUAACAUGUAAAUGAGAUACAGUUACUGAUGUCUGAUAUCAGUUAUUUAAAAGAGACUCAAUAUUAAAAUUUAGAAUAUUUAGGAUAAUUCGUUUAAAAAUUGGCAAUAUGAUUUUGAGAUUUAAGUUUAUAAAAAAAAUGUUUUUCUAUACAAUUCCUUAAAUCUAUUUGUUUUUAAUAUUGAUUAUCUCAAAAUAAGCUAAUAAUGAGUAAAAGACCGAGAACAGAACCACCAACUAAUGGUCAAGAAGAUAUUUGGGGCGAUGAUUUUACUUAUGACGAAGUGAAUUCUAUUGUUAACAUUGAGUCAUUAGCAUCACAAUCACAUUUUCCCGUCAAUUUAAAUAACCCCAGAAAUCAAAAAGAUAAUCAGAUUAGAGAAGGAGAGAUUAAAAAUUUAAAAAAUAAAAUUAAACAAUUAGAAAUUCAACUAAGCAAUACAAAACAAGAAAAUGAUGAUAAAUUUAAAAACAUGAAAAAUAUUAUUGACUGUAAAGAUACAGAGCUUAAAUUUCAGCAACAAGAAAUGACUGCUCUUAAAAAUAAGAUAAAAGAAAUGAAGAUAAUUAACAAAGUUAUCCCUCAGAAAAAUGUAUCAUUUAGUUGUAUGAAAACUGGAAGUAACUCAACAUUAUUGCACAAUGCUUCAGAACACAAUACAAAAAAAAAUAUAUCAACUCAAACAAUUCAAAUAAAGAGCAAUGAACAAUAUCUAUUUAUAAAGGAUCAUUUUCCUGAAAUAAAUAAAAGUUAUGAAAAGCUGAAAAAAUGUUUGUAUCCUGAUUUAUUUGGUAUUCAAAAUAAUCAAAAUGAUGUAAAAAAUUUAAGUACAAUACAAGAUUGUCAUUUAAUUUUAGCUAAAUUGAUGGUGUUAGAAACUUUUGAUGAAUUUCAAUCUUACUCAUUAAUUGAAUUGUUAUUUGAAAACUGUAAACAUAUAAUAGAAUCUACAGUUGAAAUACUUCAAGGGACAAUAGAUGAUGAGGAUUUUGUCAUCAGAGAAAAACAAUUAAUUUAUAAUUACUUAAAUUCAAAUAAACAAUAUUUAAAAAAUAGGUUUUCUAUGUUUGAUCUUCAAUUCUCUCAUUUAUUGGAUUGUAUAUCAGUAUUAACUACUAUUUCUAAUAUUGUUCCAAGAAUUGUAAUGAAUCAUACAAAUAAUUUAUUUCAAACUUUUGUACACUUUUUACAAAUAAUUGGUUCACAAAGUCGUACCCUAGAAUAUGUUUCUGUAAUUAUAGCAUUGAUUAAGUUUCUUACAAAUUUAUGUAGUUGUAAUUGGGAAAUAACGAAACAAAAGCAAUUAGACAUUUAUGAUAUAAUUAAAGAAAUAGUAUUCUGCCGUCCAUGCAUUAACAUUAUAGAAGAAUUAAUCAAUUUGUUAAGCAACAUUUCUAUGUAUACAGAGAUAACAGACAACCUAUGUCAAUUAUCUACUCCUAAAACAUUUAUUCUAUCUGACAGAGUUAGUACAUUUACAACAGGAACAUGUGUUCUUCGUGUCCUUUGUCUUCAGCUAGAACUCCUCAAACACAGCAAUCAUCUUAUUACAAACUAUUUAUAUUUUGUAAAUACACUUCUAAAUAGUUCACAUGUACCCAAAUGGAUGCAUAAAAUACCAAAUAAAACAUGUGAUUGCACUGCAUCAUUUAUAGAAUUAACUAUACAAUGUUUAUACAUUGUCUUCAACAUCUAUGAAAAAGGUAAGUUUGUGGUCAGUAAAUUUUUUUUAAAAAUUAAUUUUGUCUUUUUACAUGUUUAUUAUUUAGAAAGAGAAUCUUAUGACAUUGGUUUAUUAAAACUUGUGGAUGAAAUUGUUGAAAAUAGUUACUCCAUUCUUUAUCGUUUGGGAAAGUUAGAUGAAGAAUUUCGACCUCACAUAAGUAAAUGUAAGGGUCGUUAUGAUGUUAUUGUACGAAAAAUUCAAAAGCUUGAAUUUGACAAAUCAAACAAAUUUUUAGUAAAAGAAUUGAGAAAAUUUGAAUUCAAAUCAUUACCGCAUAGCCAAUACAUUUCUUCUGUAAUGAACGAAGAAUUUCCGAUUGAUAAACCAAAGUUUACACAAAAAUCACAAUACCAAUUUGAUGAACCUAAUGAACAAAUUGUUGAAAAUAAUUAGAUCGUAUAGAGAAAUAUGCUGGUGGUGGCUGUCGUUCACCUAAACAAUUUUCAGGACAUUUGUAACUAAGAUGGCCUUCUUUGCCACAUUCAUAGCAAAAACUUUUGUCAGUAUACUGACGUUUCCUGAUAAA